CAUGAGGCAUCUCUGGUAAGGCUGCAAUGAGCGGAAUGCCCUCUUUGGUUGUAUUGCCCCGGUUUCCUGCCCAGUAUGAAUCAUGCUAAGCUCUUUUCUCAGCUGAGACAGAAUACAGAGAAGCUUGUUGGAAUUCAGGUGCUGUAGCUUUCUUCUAGCAAAGUAGGUCGGGAAGAUGCAUCUGCCUGUCAGGAAAGCUGGCAGUGUGUUUGUGGGGAGAGGUGGAGAUUUGAUGAAGGUUAGAGCACAUCCAAAGCAACCCCUGACCAUUUGUUUGGGGAAGUUGAAGCUACUUUGAAUGUCAAUUGCUAGGGUCAGCGGAUGAGGGUUGCACAUGGGUUGGGGUUGUGGCUCACAGCUUCUGGUCACUGGGAAGCUGUUUCAUGCUGUAGUUUCUCUUUUACUUUCAGCUUUUCCCUGCUGCCACCUCUUCUUCCUCUGCUUUGCUUCCUAUUGGAGAGUCCUAGGUGGAUGAAGCGGCAGCCACACCGAAUGGGAUAAAGGCAGUGACAUGGACUGCCAUCAAACAGCUGGGACAAUAGCAGGAGCUGUUCAUAGAUGAGGCUGUGCAGUCUCCGCCUGAAAAAGUUGACGGUGCUGAGGGAACUGGACAAGGAGCUCAGCUCCGUGCUCAUCGCUGUGAAGAUCCAGGGUUCAAAGAGAGUCCUGAGAUCCAAUGAAUACGUUUUACCCCCUGGAGGCUUGAUGGAGACUGACCUGGAACUGACGUUUUCAUUGCAGUACCCACAUUUCCUGAAAAGAGAUGGUAACAAACUUCAAAUCAUGCUCCAACGCAGAAAGAGGUACAAGAACCGCACUAUUUUGGGCUACAAGACUCUGGCAGUGGGCAUCAUUAACAUGGCUGAGGUCAUGCAGCACCCAACAGAUGGAGGUCAGCUGCUGGGCUUGCACAGCAACAGCAAGGAUGUGAGCAUCCGGGUGGCCGAAAUCAGCAUCUACUCACUCUCAAGCCAACCCAUCGACCAUGAAGAUGGAAACGUUCCCUCUGGUCCCAAGAUCAAAGCUUCUGAUCGCUCUCCAGAUAUUGAUAACUACUCAGAAGAAGAGGACGAUAGCUUCUCCUCUGAGCAAGAAGCGAGUGACGAUGCAGUGCAAGGCCAGGAUUUAUAUGAUGAAGAGGAUGAAGUGAGGAAGCCGAAGAAAGCCAGGCGGAAAAUUAUCAGGACUACAUCAAUGACCAGACAACCGAACUUCAAGCAGAAAUUCGUUGCCUUGCUGAAGAGGUUUAAAGUGUCAGAUGAGGUUUUGGAUUCUGACCCAGUGGAUCAGACGCAAGAGGUGGAGGAGGAUUUGGGCCUGCUUUAUGACAGCCUGGAGGAAUGCAACAACAGUGACAGCGGCCCCGAGAUGGAGGACAACGAAAGUGUCCACAGCACUCCAAAGCCUACCCUGAGGCGCUUCUUUGAGGGCGUCUCUCACUCUGGUUCCCAGACUGAGAUCAGCAGUCUGCACGGCCAAAAGAGGCAGGAGCGAGAGUCGGGCAGCCCUGAAGCAGCAGAGAAGCGGAAAGCGGGCGUCCCGCGCACCCAGGAUGAAGCUGCCAUAGAAACCAUGGCUAUGGACUUGGAAGUAGACGAAUCUUGCCCAGGAGGAACCGCUGAGGUAGUCCUGAAAGAGAGCAGCCUGGAUCGGCUAGCACAGCUGAACAGUGUGAGCAAGCCUGAGUUCCCAGCCACUGUUUCUCCCAGCAAAGCCGAGAACAAGCAGCUCUGGCGGCCCCGCAGCAUGUCCGUCAAGGACAGGCAGAACUCCAAGGGCCACAGCGACCGAACCGGCAGCCUGGACAGUGAGAGCUCCCCAGACUCACGGCAGAACACCCAGGUGCCUCGGAAGUCUGUGUAUGACCAGCUCAACCAGAUCUUGGUCUCAGAUGAACAGCUGCCAGAGAGCAUCAUCCUGGUGAACAUCAGUGAGUGGCAAGGCCAGUAUCUGUGCGAUCAGCUCCAAGAACACAAACAGCCCAUCGUCUCCACCUGCUCCGUGGCAGAUGUCCAGGCUGCCUUUAAUACGAUCGUUGCUCGCAUCCAGCGAUACUGUAACUGUAAUUCCCACAUGCCUCCACCAGUGAAAGUGGCCGUGGCCGGCGACCAGAGCUACUUGAGCAUCGUCCUGCGCUUCUUUGUGGAGCAGCUCGCCAGCAAGACCCCGGACUGGCUGAACUAUGUCCGUUUUCUCGUGGUGCCCUUGGGCUCCCACCCCCUGGCCAAGUACCUUGGCUCUGUGGAUAACAGGUACAGCGCCUUGUUCCUUGAUGCUGCCUGGAGAGAGCUCUUCAGCAGAGUUGAGCCCCCAAGUUCAGACACCGUGGAUGUUCCUGGCCGAGUUUCCCAGUUCAUCACAGGCGCCAACGUGUCCCAUCAGCUGCCCAUUUCUGAAGCCAUGUUGACCUACAAGCAGAAGAGCCCUGACGAGGAUUCCUGCCAGAAAUUUGUGCCAUUUGUUGGGGUGGUGAAGGUGGGACUCGUGGAGCAAUCCUUCAACACCUCAGUCGAUUCAGAUGAUGUGACCAUCUGUACCACCUCCCUGCUGAGCUCGUCUUCACCGUCUGGUGGAGGGGUCCCCUACUCCAAGGAGGCAGUGGGCACCCCUCCCCCUUCUCCAUCUGUAAGCAGCGGGCUUUCAGGAGCUGGCAACCUGAGUCCUGGUGUGGAGGUGAUGGGCCUGCAGGUAGAUUACUGGACAACUCAGGGGCCAGAGAAGAGAAAAGAGGCCGAGAAGAGGGAAACGGGCAUCAAGAACACCCUGAAAAGCAAUUUCCGCUCCUUGCAAGUCAGCCGCAUCCCUGGCCCUGGGGAGCUGACCCCACCAAACACCAUGGCCAUGACGGUGGUCACCAAGGAGAAGAACAAGAAAGUCAUGUUCCUGAGUAAGAAACCUAAAGAUAAAGACCUGGAGCCCAAGAGCCAAGUGAUUGAGGGCAUCACCCGUCUGAUCUGCACAGCCAAGCACCAAAAUACUAUGUUGCGUGUCUGCAUUGAUGGCGUGGAGUGGAAUGAUGUGAAGUUUUUCCAGCUGGCCGCCCAGUGGCCGACGCAUGUCAAGCAUUUCCCAGUUGGCAUCUUUGGCUACACGAAGGGCGUGUGAGAAGAAGAGGUAGCCCAGAAGGACUGGGGCUGUGCCAGACAGAAUAGAGGAAGGGGGAUCCAGCUCCGUCAUGUCUGAAGACCACCUGCCUGGGGCUGGAGCCCAAAUCUGGCCAGGGCUGUGCAUGCUCCGUCUGUUCCGUGCAAGGAGCAUCUCAAUUUGCUUUACGUCUCACCCAUGAAUUUUUUAGUUUAACGUGAACUUGGGUCCUAGGAGAUGGAAGGGACACACACACGCGGCUUCUCAACCUGAACUCUUGGGCAUGGAAUGCCAGGCCAGUCUUCUCUGUUUGAGUGGGUCAGGAAUGAAAGAGGCUGGGGGGAUUCAUACAGCCUCCAAAAUGGCUUUCAACUUGCGGUGGCAGCUGGGACUCAGUUCCCUUCCAUGCCUUGCCUGGCUGGCUUGGGCAAGAAAGGGGAAGGCAGGUUCUCUCUGACGUACAGCUGCUACCAGUUAACACUUCAGUAGGAAAAAAUGUGUGUGAACACCCUCCUCCUAGGGUUGCUCAGCCGGGCUCACCCAGCAGCAUUCUGGGCAAGCUGGACCUCUGCCCACAAGUGCCACUCUUGCCGACUCGCUCUCUCUCUCAGCAUUCAGAGAGCUACUGGGAUCUUGGUACCUGGUUUUUUUUAACAUGAAGCAAGCUUGCCCACCCCCUCUCCUAUCUGGCCCCUCCCCUCCCUGCUGGAGCAGGGCUGGCACUGCUUGGCUUUUCAUGCCCUUGGAAUAGGUGCUGACCAGAGUGUAUGAAGCAUGAGGUACUGAAAUGGCAACCAAGACGGACGUGGUGUUGGCUUCUGCAGCAGCUGCUGCUUUUGCAGAUGCUGCUUUAUGCAUUGCUCAUUCUCCUGGUCUUCUCGAGGAAGUUACCGGCUGAGUUUGUUUCCCCUCUCAGCCUUCACCAGCUGUGGCCUCGAGCUAGGGAGGAGGCACACGGCUGCCCGGGUUCAAGGCAGAAUUUGGUCCAGCACGUGCUACAAAUCAGCAGAAGAGUCAUUCUGUUACAGCAGAGGAAAGGGAAGGAUCAAAGAAUGGCCUUUUUCCCACACCGAAGCAAAGUGAGCCAGUUUUGAGAGAAACGUAGAGCAGCUCGAAUGAAUGGAAUGGGAAGGGAAAGACCUUGCUGAGGUGCAGUGGAGGGGGCAGGCAGAUGGCAAGCGCUUCAUCACCACUUGGUCUAUUCCAGCCUGCAAGGAGGGUUACAAGGAGAGCGGGGCAAAAAGGUACCUCGGGGCAUGGAGCUAUGCUCUGUUCCUGUAAGAUGUACUUCAGCAGGGUGUCAGCACUCCUUAAUUUGCUGGUGCCUCAGUGCCAGGGAGUUAGAAGUUCUGGAGAGACUUACUGUUCACGCAGGUAGUGGGGCAGGCCAGGGGCAGGCCAGGCUCUGCUGUCUCUGUCCUGGCGAGUGAAGACAUGAUGGGGCAGGUGCUUCCUUGCAACGGAACUAGCUUCUAACUCAAUACACUCCAUUUGUAGCUGGUUGGAGGGAGCUCUCUAAGGCAGCACUUUCUCCUGAUAGUCUGAGUGAUCCUUUGAUCUACAAGUUGGGCUGAGCGCUGCCUUUCCACACUGCUUGAUGGGGUGUGGGAUGGGGCAGCCUAGUGAGGCAGAACGCAUGCCUGGCAGGAUGUCUGUGCAGGCAGGAAGAGGUUUCCUUAACUACUUCAGUUGAAGAAGAGCCACAAAUAAGUUAGAUGAGAGAGCCAGAAAUUGCAAGGUGUCCUAAGAGAAGCCUUCUGGGGCAGCUACUGGUACCUCCUGGACAGGAUUCACAAAUGCCCCCUUCCUUUCUUUUAACCCCCAACCACCACACCAGCUCCAUGGUGGGGCAUCCCCUGCCUUCCUGGAGCUUGUGUCACUAGAACUGCCAAACCAACUUCCCCUGCCUUGCAAGUGUUUCCUACCGAACUCAAGAGACCUAAACUGUGGUAUCGCGCCUGCCUGGCGGACGCAGCUGCUUGUGGUUAGGAGAGCAGGGAUGGUGGGUUAACCCCAUUUUUUACAAGAUUCUAUUUUUGUUAAUGUAAGGUUGCUUUCUGGAUUAAUUUUAAUAAAUUAAUGCUGGUACCAUUGUGA